CAUGGCGGUUGGGAGGGAGAGUGUCGGGGGAUCGGGGUGGAGACCGGGCCCGGGCCGAGCGGAGGUUCCGCUCUAAGAUGCGAGAUCGGCCGCGACUCCCGGCGGGAAUCUUUUCGAGUCCUAUCUUGUAUUAGCUUGUGAACCACGAUGCCUUUAGUAACAAGGAACAUUGAACCGAGGUACCUGUGCCACCAGCCUCUGCCUAAUAGUAUUCAAAGUGAAUUGGAAUGUGUGACAAAUAUCACACUUGCAAAUGUCAUCAGGCAACUUGGCAGUUUGAGUAAAUAUGCCGAGGAUAUCUUUGGUGAGCUAUUUAGGGAAGCAGGUAGCUUCGCUAUUAGAGUGAACAGCCUUGGAGAGCGGAUUGACCGUUUGCAGGUUAAAGUAACACAACUCGAUCCCAAAGUAGAAGACGUUUCACUGCAAGCAAUCAACCUGAGGAAAGCUUUCAAAAGCUCCACGAAGCAGGAUCAGCAGUUGUUCUGUCGGUCAUCUGUGCCCGUUCCUAUUGAUGAUACGUACAAUACAUGUGACAAGCCACCACCCCUUCAUAUUCUAACUCCAUACAGAGACGAUGGAAAAGACAGUCUUAAGUUUUACACUGAUCCUUCCUAUUUCUUUGAUCUCUGGAAAGAAAAAAUGCUGCAAGAUACCAAGGAAAUAAUGAAGGAAAAGAGGAAACACCGGAAAGAAAGAAGGGAGGUUUCAAAUAGAGGAAAUUUGAAUCCACGGAAAAUUAGAACCAGAAAGGAAGAAUGGGAGAGGUUGAAAAUGGGCAAGGAAUUUGUGGAAGCAAAGUCUGCACCAGAAGAAGCCCUGCCUAAUAGCAUUGAGAUCUAUCCUAAUGGAAGUAUAGGUUCAGAUGGAAAUGAGGAUCUUGUUUAUCGAAGUCAUGGAAAUUAUCGUGAUUCAAUCGUUCCACCACCAGCAUCACCAGGGACUGACUUACCUCCCCCACCACCUGAUUUUGGUUAUCCCAUGGAUGUGCAGAAGGAUUCUUCAAGCCACAAAAGGAUUAGCUUUGGCAGCCCAACUAUUCCCCCUCCAGCACCACCGCCUGGCCCACCUGCAGGAGUUGGACCUGCUCCACCACUAGCUCCUCCUCCACCACCACCAUUCAUGGGACCUGAGGGCCACAUGCCACCUGCUGUCCCACCACCACCCCCUCCCUCAAUGCCUCCAAUGCAGUUUAAUCAAAAUUUCCAUGGUGUUGAUGCUCCAUCUAUGCCUCCUCCACCACCUCCAACUGAUCAGUUCCCUGCUGCUCCUGUUCCAUAUGUAUCCUCCUCCUCUGGAGGGGCAGGUGGCCCUCCACCACCCCCUCCCCCUCCCCCACCUCCCGGACCCCCUCCGCCUGGUCCUCCCCCACCUCCAGACCCAUCAACAUUAUCCUUUAGCAAUGGCCCACCACUACCACCACCGGAGCCAAAAUCCAAAGCGUCUUUGCCACCAGUGAGUGAUGCUAGGACCGACUUGCUAUCAGCUAUUCGGCAAGGCUUCCAACUUCGCAAAGUUGAAGAACAGCGUGAACAAGAGGAAAAGCGGGAUCGUGUUGGAAAUGAUGUGGCCACGAUCUUGUCCAGGCGUAUCGCGGUUGAAUACAGUGAUUCAGAAGAAUCCGAGUUUGAUGAUGAGGAAUGGUCUGACUGAGCUAGGCUAUGCUGACACAUGAAUCACCAGCUGCCAAUAAUCUUCUGUUUGAAAAACCAAACUUUUUCCAACAUUGCCUUCACACACAAAUUAUAAUGUAUUAUUUGCACAGGUUGUGAAUCUUUGUUAGGAAAAUGUCAGACAAGAGAACACUUGGCAUGAUAAAGGCGGGCUUAAAAUAGAUAAUGUGCCACAUUUACAAAGCAAUAAAAUAGACUUGUCUGUGUAGGGUGGUUCAUAUGCACUGCAUAUAGAUGCAUUUAUCCUCAUUGUUGACGUGCUAAAAACCACUGGAUUACUAAAAUGAAAAUAGCUUGCUGCCUCAUAUCAGACCUUACAGCAGUGGACAUCACCUGAUUCUAUUUAUCAGCCAAUAUUUUCUUUAUAAAUUAUAGUAUUCUACCUUCUAAUCAAAUACAGUAGUUAGAAUGAUGGAAUUUUGUAAUCUGUUGCACUUCAGCUAUAUAAGAAUAUAGAAGCUGGUAUAAUUUAGAGUCCAUAGUGUUAAUUGGGUUUUUAUCUUUCAGAAUGCUCCUUUUGACUUAAAUCAUGCCAACAUGUCUUGUGUGUAAUUAACAUUAUCACCAAAGUGCUUUACUGAACAGUUUUAAAAGGAACAUAUGUAAUUCUUUUGUAGGAAUCUUCCAAGUCUUACUGAGUUUCUUUUUGAAUAUGACAACCUCAUUCUAAAAUAAACAUUUUGUAUUAAUUACCUACAGUCUACACUGGUAAUUGUCCAUAAAGAAGCCAAUAAUAAUAGACCAAAAAUGACUCUAAGCCUAUGAGGAAACUGCAAUCUCACCUUUGCUUUGUUUACAUCAUUUGUAUGUGUUUCUGCGUCUUGCUUAUGCAAUCAUCAGUGAAUGGAUGUGAGGAGAAAGUUUCACUGACCAACUAUGCAAACUUAGUGCUGGUCAAAACUAACAAUGUGGAAUAUUAUGUAUAAUAGUGUAAUUAAGUGUUCAAAAUUAUCUUGGUCUAAACUUAACAGAUUUUUUUAGUGCUUUUCUGGUAAAUUUUGCCAUACUGCAUCAUUGGGUAAUUGGGUUAAUGAUUUCUGUCAUUUCCUCCCCUAUUUGUUCUUAUCUCCCAAAGGUGGGCAAUUUAAUUUGUUAUCCAGAGUAACUCCCAGUUUCUUCUGUACAAUUUUUCAAGACUAACUGCAGCAGAAAUGCUCACAAGAAUGUAUUUCAUUCGAAUUGUAUGCAACUAAAGAUCAUGUGCAAAGUUUGCUAUGGGCUUCCUGAAGACUUAAAAUAAAUGAUGACCAAACUA